AUGCAUGCCUUAAGAUCUCUCGAAGGUCAUGAGACAUCAAAGCCGAAGCUCUUUGAUGUUUCUUACCCCAACCUUGACGUACCAGCUUCUCUUCCUUUGUCAGUUGGACCAGAAUUCCUUGCAGGUUAUGCAUGCGGUAUGAGCAGAGCGCACAAAGAAGCUCUCUCACACAUCGACGAGCUCGGGUCUUUGAGAUGCUGUGUGACCAAGAACGAAGAGAUGAUAUCAAAGCACACAAACAAGAUCAGCUCGUUAGAAAAGAAUCUUGCAUUUGCUUCUGGAAACUAUUUUCAAUCCAUGCACCUUAUGAGAGAUCGAGUGACACGGCUCGAAGAUCGUAACGUUGAGACUGCCAAGAAUUUGCAGCUUGCUCUUUUCAGAGUGAUGCAACUUGAACGAAGAUCUUCAAGGCAUCGAUUCAACUUGGGAAAGAUUCUAUCAAUGCUAAAGAAGUUACAAUCUCUCAAACGUGGCCUUGGCCUUGUUCUCUUUCUCGCUGCAAUCCUUGCAUUGAUACGGGUGGCUUCAAUUGUCAAUUUGGGUUCGGCACUGACUUGUGUACAGUGGAGAAAGAGCAUCCUGUCCAACGAGGUUCUGUUUGCGAUGCUUUCAAAGGCAGGGAAGGUCUUCUUGGCUUUGAUGCUGACCAGGACUCAAAGUUCUAUGGAAGUGACCUUUGACAAAGUGCGAAAGAUGAUCUUACAGUAG